UUUUGCAUGUAACCAGCUGACUGACCUGCCAACUCAACUUAAGCCGAGCGGUGUGAAUGGCUAAAUAAAAACUAGAUCAAGAAAUUAUAUUUCCCCCAAAACCUCACCUUUGCCAUGGCUGUCUAUUCUUAGCUCGAGCAUCAAACCUGGAAAUACGGAUACGGAUUCAUUCCUUUCGGCAUAUCCUUUCACAUGCAGAUCCUCUACAAUUAUAGCCCCGGCAACAACGUGGUGGAUAUACUGAAUCCUGAGUACAACGAUUUCGAUGGCCCGCCACCGUCAAAGAAGAUGAUAAUUGGCUCCUGCUCGAUGUUUGUGAUCUUCUCAUACCUGAAGCUGCUUUACAUACUCGUGGCCAUCUACCUGGCCCUCCAUCACGCUCACCACUAACGGCCCCCGUGGCCAUGUAUCACUUUGUGUCCGAGCAGACACCGGAACUGCGGCUCUCGGAGAAGGCACUCGUAACCAGCCACGUAACGCAGUAUUUAAAGAGCUUCCAGCUCGAUGCGGUGAGAUU